GCUUAGUGGCACGUUGGCGUUUUUGACGUCAUACGUCCGAUGACGUGCCGCCCCGUAUCCGUGUGAAGAUGGCGGAAGUGGAAGAGUCAAGCAAGCGUAUGUUUGCAGGUUUGUCUGACAUCUCAAUCUCGGAGGACAUACCAGUGGAGGGAGAUAUAUCUGUGCCGGUCCGCUCCCAGAACGCUGACGAUGAUUUCUCAACACUGGAUGAGCCUGUCAAAGACACUAUUCUGAGAGAUCUGAGAGCCGUUGGACAGAAGUUUGUCCAUGUGUUGUACCCCAAGAAAAGUUCUGCACUACUCAAAGACUGGGACUUAUGGGGACCUCUCCUCCUGUGUGUCACUCUGGCCUUGAUGCUGCAGGGUGGCUCUGCUGACAGUGGGGACGAUGGCAGGCCACAGUUUGCAGAAGUCUUUGUCAUCAUCUGGUUCGGUUCUGUAAUCAUAACUCUCAACUCCAAACUCCUGGGAGGAACAAUAUCAUUUUUCCAGAGUCUGUGUGUGUUGGGAUACUGUAUUCUUCCUCUGACUGUGGCCAUGAUAGUUUGCCGUAUCGUUCUUCUGGGAUCUAUAAGCAGCAUCAGUUUUGUUGUCCGUCUCAUAGUUGUCACAGCCUCCUUCUGCUGGUCAACGUUUGCCUCCACAGCAUUUCUUGCAGACAGCCAACCGGCCAAUAGGAAAGCCCUGGUCGUGUAUCCAGUGUUCCUGUUCUACUUUGUAAUUGGCUGGAUGAUCCUGACAUUUUCGCCUUCUCCUUAGCACACAUAUACCAUAUGCCAAUUGCAAAAUGAAUUCCUCCCCUUCGAUAAGAAAACCAGCAGACUGUCAGGGAGCUGGCCGGUGAUUGGCCUGCCCUAGAAUGAGGCGGAGCAUUUUGAUGGACACUAAGGGGACAGUAACAGUAAGGGGAUUAUUACAUAGAUACCACACCCCCUCAUCCCUCAUUCACAGUUGGAUGAGAGGGGAGAAAAGGAAUGGAGGACACUAAUUCUUCAGUUAACAACAGCCUAUAUGUUUUCAUUAGAUGAAUGUUUUGUUGUGUGAGGAAUGUCAGUGCCCUUCUGAGCAGCUCCCAACAUUACUGUGUGUUGUGUGUCUCGUGUGUGGAUGUUUGCUCAAGUGUAGUGACUGUGAGUGUGCAUGCAUUUGUUUUUGUGUCUGACUGAGCAUUGUCUCUGUUGGGAGAAUUAUUCCGCUAUCAUCAGGCCGCACAUUCACAUUUGUCCCCUCACAUUGUUGCGCACAAAUGUUUCUUGUCUUUGGUGUUUUCUUUUUAGUUCUGAAUGAUGUUUGGGCUUACAUUUAUUUUAUGUUGGUGGAAGUUAGUACAUUCCUGAAGAAAAUAAACAUGGACUUUAAUAAGUACUA